AUGCCAUCCGCCUUCGAUGGCUGGGUCCAGGAAACAAAACAGCACCCAAGCAAUCAGGCUGGGCUAGCGUACUGGGAUCUCGACUGCCAUGGCUUUGUUUCCUCAACCAAGUAUCAGCAUAAUUUCGCCUCAUAUGCUCUUGCCAUACCCAGGCUUGUCUGGAGCUUCUUUAGUCACGACCCAGGACGAAAAGUCCAAAUUCUGAAAGUCUUUGAAGGCCUGGUACGCCCGGGGGAGAUGCUCCUCGCCCUUGGUAGGCCCGGCAGUGGAUGCUCGACUCUACUGAAGGCCCUAGCUGGCGAAACACACGGAUUCCACCUUGAAGACGAGAACAAGCUCAACUUUGGCGGUGACUACAUUUGCCCCGUCCUAAGCUGAUAUAAAUACUGACUCUGUCUCUAGGCUUCCAAUAUAGACAGAUGGGUAAAGACCUAAAAGAUGAACGAAUAUACCUUGCAGAGCUUGAUGUUCAUUUUCCGGAACUCACUGUGGGAGAAACAUUAACAUUUGCCGCUAGUACCAGGAUAUCAAGAGCGACUUCCAAGACGCCCUCGAACCCUCGUAAGACUGCAGAGAGAGUUGCCUCACUCUUCAACCUCGACGAGGCCUUCAAAACACAGAUCGGGGAUGCAAUGAUACGCGGUGUCAGUGGAGGGGAGAAAAGGCGCACAAGUCUUGCAGAGGCCUUCAUCAGCAACGCUCGCUUUCAGUUCUGGGACAACAGCACCCGUGGGUUAGACAGCUCGACAGCGCUGGGUUUCAUCAAAUUGCUCAGGCAGUCCACUGAUGCUCUUCAACUGACGCUUGCCAUGAGCGUUUAUCAAGCCUCGGAAGCCAUGUAUAAGGUGAGCAUUCUCGUUGCUUCUACCCCGAGUCGAGUAUGGAAGCUCUUGUGUCGUUGACCCUUCGCUUUAGAACUUUGACAAGGUCCUACUAUUGUAUGAAGGCCGUCAAAUCUACUUUGGUCCGGUUGAUGAAGCAGUUCGCUACUUCACAGAACUCGGCUUCGAGAAACAUGAUCGUGCCACAACGGCUGACUUUCUGACCUCUUUGACCAACCCUGCGGAGCGCAUAAUUGAGCAUGGCCACGAACUUACCGCGCCAAGAACCCCAGAUGAGUUCGCCAUUGCCUGGAAAAAGAGUCAGAAUUCCCAAAAUCUCCGAUCUGAGAUUGAGGAAUUCAACAAGGCACGCCCUCUUCAACAUGAUACUACACACCACACUAUCAACAAGCAAAACGGAAGUCCAAGGUGAUUAGCCUGACUGCAGCCGUCAUAACAAGAUGCUCACGGACACUAAUCGAAUGCCACUAGUUCCAUUAUAUCCUCUCACUACGCGCUGUCAAUUACUCAACAGAUCGCCGUGUGUAUCUCACGAGGGUUUCUGAGGCUGAAAAACAAUUACGUUCCCGCCGUUUCUGCCGUCGUUGCUGGUGCCAUCACCGCAAUUAUAAUCGGGUCCGUCUACUUCAAUCUUGACGAUUCUACUGGAGAUAUGGAGAGGAAAGCAAUCAUGAUGUUUAUGGCUGUUAUGCAGACGGCAUCUGCCCCAGCCUUUGACGUACGUUCCCCCAUCAUCUAGAUAACUUACAACACUAACGGCGGCUUUGAACAGAUCUCCCUCCUCUGGGCGCAACGUCCGAUUGUCGAAAAACAUGACCGAUACGCCUUCUACUACCCCGUUGCCGAGAUGUUCGCAUCAAUUAUCUGCAUCUUACCGCAGAAGGUCUUGGAGUCGUUUCUCUUCCACAUUCCUGUAUACUUCAUGAGCAACCUCCGCCGCGAGGCUAGCGCCUUUUUCACGUACUGGCUAUUCAUGUUCACAACACUAAUGGCCAUGUCGAUGCUGUUCCGCGUUGUCGGUUCUAUAACUAAAAGAAUUGAGCAGACUCUUGCCCCGGUAUCAACCCUUACGCUUCUCUCCAUCGUGUAUACUGGGUUUGCGGUUCCGUCGACAUACAUGGUUCCCUGGAUGGGCUGGCUGCGGUGGAUCAACCCUGCAUAUUAUGCGUACGAGAGCAUCAUGAUCAAUGAGGUAGGUGCAUUACCUUUCCCCCAGGGGAUCUGACACUUGCGCCUAAUCACAGACUUGACUAGUUCGAUAACCGGGAGUUUCAUUGUUCAACAAUUCUACCGUCUGGGCCUCAAUACGAUCAGCUUCAAAUGCAAGACAAAAUAUGUUCAUCUAUUGGGGCUGUCGCUGGGAGCUCAGUCGUUCAAGGAACGACUUAUCUAGCAUUGAAGUUCGGAUAUGUGAGGAGUCAUCUGUGGCGGUAAGUAGGAUAUGCAAGAAUCGUGUCCUCAUGCCCGAGCUGCGACUAACUCAUUCUUUAAAGCAACCUGGGCAUCCUUCUGGCAAUGCUAGUCCUGCUCACUGUGGUGCAUCUCAUGGCCUCACAACUUAUCAAGGCGCAGCGGUCAAAGGGCGAAAUCCUUCUCUUUAGAAAACAACAUGCAUCAAAGCAUUGGCUUGCUGGGGGUCGGGGUGGCGAUAGAGAGUCCAAGGUUCCCAAUAUCUUCACCCAGGAGGCGGGAGAUCAAACAAAUAUUUCGGGGAGGAAUUAUGACCAGGAUCCAAUAGCAGGCACUCCCACCAGCUUCGUGCACGAUGCAUCGGCGGAGACCGUCCUAAGGCAAACUGCUGUCUUUCACUGGAACAAUUUGAACUACACAAUCAAGACCAGAGAUGGACACCGUCAGAUUCUCAAGGACAGCAAUGGGUGGGUCAAACCAGGAACAUUGACUGUUUUGAUGGUAAGCAAGAGUCCACAUCCCUUUGGAGAAUCAUUUUCCCUAAUAUGUGGUGAUAGGGGGUCACUGGUGCUGGCAAAACAUCUCUCCUGGAUGUUCUGGCCGACAGAGCCCGGAGUGGUGUCGUUUCCGGCCAUGUCUACAUCGACGGGAACCAACGAGAUGCUAGUUUCGGUCGGCGCAUUGGAUACGCGCAGCAGGAGGAUCUUCAUCUCCCAACAACGACUGUCCGUGAAGCUCUCGAGUUCAGUGCGUUGCUGAGGCAGCCGCAAACAAAAGUGCCAUUGAAGGACAAGAUCGUCUAUGUAGAUACAGUUCUCAAAAUGCUAGACAUGGAGUCUUGGGCAGACGCUGUGGUCGGCGUGCCUGGGGAGGGGCUCAACAUUGAGCAGCGCAGACGACUCACGAUUGCAGUCGAGUUAGUCGCCAAGCCGGAGCUACUUCUGUUCCUUGGUAGGUCAUACGGCAUUCACUAAGGUCAAGUUGACCGGUUUAGAGUAACUAACUUUGAAUGGGCAUUAGACGAACCCACCUCUGGUCUGGAUAGUCAAACAGCAUGGUCUAUCUGCAUGCUUCUUCGCAAGCUGGCAGACAACGGUCAAGCUAUUCUCUGCACUCUGCACCAACCCUCAUCGCAACUUUUCGAAAUUUUUGACCGGAUCUUGCUGUUGGGGAAGGGCGGAGAGCAGCUUUAUUUUGGAGAUAUCGGUCCCUCGGGAUCAAAAGUGAUUGAGUACUUUGAGAAGACCGGCAAUCUCAAGUGCCCAGACGAUGCUAACCCGGCUGAAUGGGUCAUUGAGAUAACUCGAGAACAGACAACAACAAUAACAACACCAACAGAAGAUGCAGUGAGGAGUCACUGGGCGCAAGUAUGGGACUCAAGUGAGCACAAGCAAGAAGUUCUGGAACGCCUCGAACAUCUCAAACACAAUUUUGGAGGCGACUCUACAUUCACAGAUUCCCGCGGUGGCGAGUAUGCGGCACCACUUGUCCGGCAAUUCUACCUCGUCCUGGAGCGAAAUUUCCAGGAGUAUUGGAGAGACCCGAUAUCCCUAUAUUCGAAGCUGGGCCUCUGUCUAGGUAUUGUAAGUGGAAUUUCAGCGUCCCUCCCCAAGCUAGGUUUGUUUACAAAUUCCAGUCUCUCUCAAAUGGUCUCUCAUUCACGAACACAACACUGGAUAUGCAAGGCCUAACAAAUCUGACCUUUGCUUCUCUGUUGGUUGUUCUUCUCUUCGCAAUGCUUGAUCAACAAGUCAUCAAACGGUUCAUCUCGGAACGGGAUAUGUUCGAGGCUCGUGAACGCCGAAAUCGAUCAUACUCCUGGAUCAUAUUUGUUAGCAGCAAUAUCGUCGUCGAGCUCUUUUGGCAAACCAUAGCCAGCGUGAUGUUCUUCAUCACGUGGUACUAUCCAACCGGCAUGUGGAGGAACGGAGAUGCGGACUUUAGCACCUCGGAGCGUGCUGGUUUGGUAUUCAUGCUCAUUUGGUUUUUCUGUCUGUUUAUUAGCACACUUUCUCAUGCAGUGGCUAUCGCAAUCCCCUUGGCAGAAACAGCAGUCCAGAUUGCCGCCCUGCUCUAUUGGUUCAUGAUUAUGUUCUGCGGGUAAUCGCUUUCCGUUUACUCAAUCUUCUGUUUGGAGGCAGGCUAACACUCAUAUCACAGUAUUCUCAUAUUCCCAAAUGACCUUCCAGACUUCUGGGUCUUUGUCCACCGCGCCUCACCUUUUACCUAUCUGAUCAACGGUCUCUUGGCCGCUGGCCUUGGCAAUGUCGAAAUACUGUGCUCGCCUGUUCAACAGCUCCGCUUUAGCCUCCCUUCGACGGUCGUAGAGUCCGGGAAGACAUGUGGCGAGUAUCUGGCUUCAUACGUCCAGAUGGCAGGAGGAACUGUCAUCAACAAAGAUGAGACAAUGGGACAGUGUUUUUAUUGCCCUGUAGACAGCACAAACGAUUUCUUCAAGGGCGUGGGGAUAG